GACUGCAAUCCUCAAUUGAGGGGAAAUUCCAGGAGCAACUGCAGAGCAUUUUGUACCUGCUGAAAGGGGUCAUGGUGGAAGGUCUGAUAGAGACCCACAGCAUGGCUGACAAGAACAGCAGCUUGAAAUGCACCUUCUCUGCUCCUGGCCAUAGCACAACUCUCCUGCAGGGGCUGACUGCACUACGUUCUCAGGGUCAGCUGCUUGAUGUCAUUCUUACCAUUCACAAUGAAGUGUUCCAAGUACACAAAGUGGUCUUAGCUGCCUGCAGUGACUAUUUUAGGGCAAUGUUUACAGGAGGGAUGAGAGAAGCAAGCCAAGAUGUUAUUGAAUUAAAAGGUGUGUCUUCCAGAGGAUUGCGACACAUCAUUGACUUUGCAUAUAGCGCGGAAGUUACUCUUGACCUUGACUGUAUUCAUGAUGUGCUGGGAGCUGCAGUCUUCCUCCAAAUGGUACCUGUUGUUGAACUUUGUGAAGAGUUUCUGAAGUCUGCAAUGAGUGUGGAGACCUGUUUAAAUAUUGGACAGAUGGCUACAACUUUUAGCUUGGCAUCUCUGAAAGAAUCCGUGGAUUCAUUUACGUUUAGACACUUUCUUAAAAUUUCCGAGGAAGAAGAUUUUCUUCAUUUGCCUUUAGAAAGGUUAGUUUUUUUCCUCCAAAGCAAUAAGCUUAAAAACUGCAGUGAAAUAGAUUUAUUUCAUGCUGCAAUUCGUUGGCUGCAAUUUGAUUAUUCUCGUCGUGCUAAUGCUAGUCAAGUUCUUUGCCAUAUCCGGUUUCCGCUGAUGAAGUCUUCUGAGCUGGUGGACAGUGUUCAGAUUGUAGAUAUCAUGGUAGAGGAUGUCCUGUGCAGACAGUACCUGCUUGAGGCUUUCAACUAUCAAAUUCUUCCAUUCAGGCAGCACGAAAUGCAAUCUCAUCGAACAGUCAUAAGGUCAGAUGUAUCUUCACUUAUAACAUUUGGUGGAACGCCUUACACAGAUAAUGACCGUACGGUGAGCAGCAAAGUGUAUUAUUUGCCAGACAUGAGUGCUCGUCAGUUUAAGGACCUCUAUGAAAUGGAGGUUGGUUGUAGCCAUGCUUGCGUUGCAGUGCUGGACAAUUUUGUGUAUGUAGUUGGAGGACAACAUUUGCAGUAUCGAAGCGGGGAAGGAGCUGUAGAAGUCUGUUUCCGCUAUGAUCCUCAUUUAAAUCAGUGGCUACGAAUUCAAUCUAUGCAGGAGAGCAGAAUUCAGUUUCAACUGCAUGUCUUGUAUGGCAUGCUGUACGCCACCGGAGGAAGAAACAGAUCAGGAAGUUUGGCCUCUGUCGAAAGAUUUUGUCCAAAAAAGAAUGAAUGGACCUAUGUCUGCUCACUAAAACGUAGAACUUGGGGCCAUGCUGGUGCUACACUUGGGGGCAGACUAUACAUUUCAGGAGGCUAUGGAGUGUCUGUUGAAGACAAAAAAGCCUUGCAUUGCUAUGAUCCUUCUUUAGACCAGUGGGAAUUCAAAAGUCCAAUGAAUGAACCAAGAGUCCUUCAUGCAAUGAUAGGGACUAAAAACAAAAUUUAUGUGUUUGGCGGGAGGAUGGAUCAUGUUGAUCGAUGUUUUGAUGUGUUGGCUGUUGAGUAUUAUACUCCAGAGACUGAUGCGUGGACGACUGUGAGCCCAAUGAGAGCAGGGCAGUCUGAAGCUGGCUGCUGUCUUCUGGAUAAGAAAAUUUUCAUUGUAGGGGGUUACAACUGGCACUUAAACAAUGUGACAAGUAUUGUACAAGUGUACAAUGCAGAAACUGAUGAAUGGGAAAGGGACUUGCAUUUCCCAGAGUCCUUUGCUGGAAUAGCUUGUGCAUCUGUUAUACUACCACAAGUUACAACUCAGAGCUAAUAAAAACAUAAUAUCUCGCUACAUGGACCAUCCUUUUUUGGUUUCAGUGUCCUGUGCAAUAUAAAUGUAAAUAAUACACAGAUGACAAGAUGUUAACUACCAAUACUACUACUACUACUACACUCUAUAUGCACAAGCCAACAGUAUUUUCUAUAUACAGUAUUUGCUGAAAAUUUCAUUACAUCACUAUGUAUUGUAUACCUGUUCCAACAUUUGCUGUGAAAUUAGAAGCAAUAUUGAAUAUAUCCUAAAAUGUAAGUAAGUGUCUCUCAUACGUCCUAGAGGAUGCUAGGGUCCACUUCAGUACCAUGGGGGUAUAGACGGUUCCACAGGAACCAU